AUGGCUGAUAACAAAUGUUUUGAAAAAGUGGGGUAUCACUCCCACAUUGUAAAAUACCUUAUGGCAUGGGACGAGGAACACGUGGUACAUAACGUGGUGCAACUGUCCCAAACGAGUCUGGCAGACUAUAUUAAUCACACAAGUAACGUAUCAGAGAUGGUCUACUUUGACUGUAUCCAAGACAUCUGCGUUGACCUUAAGUUCUUGGCAGACAAGGGUAUUGCACAUUUGGACGUCAAGGCUGAUAAUAUACCUAUUCAUGGAAAGUUCUUCAAAUUGUCCGAUUUUGGAAAUAUACUUGAUAUAAAAGAGGCAUGCCGUAAAAUUAUAACACCGACAGAUUGUAGCAAACUGGAAUGUUCUGGGUGCAAAACAACAUGGCACGGUGUUUGUGCUCAACCCCAACCCUUAAAUUUUUCACUUGCAACCUUGUUGAUAUGGAAGUAUCAAAAUUGUACCACAGAAGCAGAUGCUAGCACAAUGCACUUCAACGCAAUUAUGGCUCAGCUUACUAAUUUGAGUAACGCUAUUGCUACAUUUAACACUCAAAUGUCUGACUUACAUAAUUUAGUAAAUUCUCAGUCCACAAAAAUUAACGAUUGCAUCUCGGAAAUAGCAGUUCUAUGGAGAGAAAACGAACAACUAAAAAUUAAAAUCCAGAAAAUAGAAUCUACUCCUCCCGAAAAUGUCCCGAUAGAAAACAAAGGGAAAAAAAUGUUUUGCUAA